AUGAUUUAGACUGUUAAUGCAAAAAAUAAACCAUCUCAUGAUUUAAGAUUAUUUCCUAAUAACAUAAAUAUUAGAUAAUAAAUGAACAAUUAUUAAAAUUAAUUUUCAUUAUUAAUAAUUUGCCAUCUCUGGUGCAGAAGAACGUUUUUAAUGAGAAAAAUGUAAAAAGUUUCUUUAUUAAUUUUAAAAUUAAGGAAUUUAACAUACGUUCUGAUAAACACAAAUCGGUUUCCUAGGUUAUUAAUUUUAGCUAUUUAUAAAAGUACGUUAGUUUUAAAUAUUAUUUUAUUUAUUUAGAUUUUAAGGAAAAAACUAAGGAUUUUACAAAUUAUGGCCGUUGUUGAA